AUGAUCAAGCACAACAUAAAGGGGCUAUACUGUUUCAUUGACGAUAUACGGAACUGCAAGUGCAGGGAGGAAGAGGAGAAGAAAGUGUUGCAAGAGAUUAUAAAGAUAAAAAAGAAAUUUAAUGAAAAGAAUAUAACAAAUUAUAAGAGGAAGAAGUAUAUAUGGAAAUUAAUAUACUGUCAUAUAUUAGGGUAUGGGAUAUCGUUAUCCUAUUUGGACAUAAUAAAAUUGAUAAGUAGUAACAACUUUAGUGAUAAGUAUUGUGGUUACACAGCUUUAUCAUUACUAAUAAAUGAAAAUAAUGAAAUGUUAAAUAUGAUGGUAAGUACUGUAAAGUUAGAUAUAAAAAAUAAUGAUGAGAAAGUAAAUUUCUUAGCUUUACAUUUUGCUAGUCAAAAAAUUAAUGGGCUUAUAGUAGAAAAUUUAUAUGAUGAUAUAUUCCAUAUAGUAACAUCGAAUUAUAUAUAUAAACCAAAUAUUAGGAAGAAAGCUUUUCUCUGUUUAGCUAAUAUAUAUAAAAAGAGGCAUGACUUACUACUUGAUAGUAAAAAUGAUUUGGAAAUUUUUAAAUUUUUAGAUCAAAAUUUAAACGAAAUAAAUAUGUUCAAUGUAUUUGCAUAUCUAAAUUUAAUAUAUGUAAUUAUAUUAGUUUUUCAAAAAUAUGAAUCUUUAUAUUAUUAUAGAAAAAAAGAAGAAAAGAAAAAAAGUAUGAAUGAUGAAAGUGAUGACUUAUUUAAUAAAGAUGAUUUAAAAAUAGAAAGUAAUAAUUCAAGUAAUUCAAGUAGUAAACGGUUUUCAUUAAAUAUUAAAGAUGAUUUAAAAAAAAAAUAUAAAUCAACGUCAUUACUAAAUGAGCAAAAUUUUGUAUAUAAUGAUUUAAAAAAAGUGGACAAAAUUUUAGAAAUCGAAUCUGAGUGUUCAUUUAAUUAUGAAGAAGUUAAUUAUUAUGAAAUAAAAAAAUAUAUCAACAAAUACAUUCAUUACAUUUUAAAUGUAUUGUAUUUAAUACUUGAUGAUAAUUUAAAAAUUGAUGAGGGAUUUUAUUAUAGUCAAUUUAGAUAUCCAUUUUUACUAAUAAAAUGUCUACAAAUGAUACAGUUGUAUGACAUUCAUAACUUAUCCCAAACAACUAUAAACAAUAUUAACGAUAUAUUAUACAAAAUUAUUAGUAAGCCGUAUAAAAAGUUGCAGGGAAAAAUUAACGAUGAUUUUAAUGUGCACUUGAGGAAACAGAACAGUAGCAGUAUUAACUACAAUGUGAGUGGGAGUAAGAAUAUAUUUAGAAAAAGUUUUACAAAAAAUAAUUUUUAUUUAAAUAAUAAAAAAGGAAAAGAAGAAUUUAGAAAUGAAAAAAGUGCUAUAUAUAUAGAAUAUGGAAUUAUAUAUGAAUGUUCAAAUUUAUAUAAUUUCUUGGAUGACAAAAUAGAGGAUAGAAAUAGAGAUAUUAUUAUAUGUUUAAUAACAACUUCAUUUGAUACAAAGAAAUCUAAUAUUAAUUAUGUAAUUCUAAAUAGUUUAUCAAAAUUAAAAAUGAAUCUAAAAAUUUAUAAAAUGCUUGAAGCACAUGUUAUGCAUUUAGUAAAUCUACUAAACAAUGAUGAUAUAACUAUAAAGCUACAAACAUUUAAUAUUCUUUUUAAUAUGUGUAAUCAUAACAAUUGGAAAUUGUUAAUUAAUGUUUUUCUUCAUCAUUUACCUUAUAUCGAUCCCUAUAUACAAAACGAAAUAAUAAUAAAAAUAUCCAUACUUGCAGAAAAUUUCUCGCCUGAUCUUACGUGGUAUUUCGAUGUGAUAUAUAAGAUGAUCGAGAUUACACAUAAGUAUAUUUUUCAGGAGGUAUGGUUCCGUUUGGUUCAAAUUAUUACAGGUUUUGUCCAAAAUGAAAAAAACUUUAAAUCCUUCAAGCGAGAAAUUUCCGGUGAUAGUAGCAGUUGUGCAGCUAAUAGUAGCGGAAACAACAAAAGCGGAAAUAACAAAAGCGGUAACAGUAACAGUAACAGUAUCAGUAAUAACAAUAAUAAUAUUAAUAGUAAUAUUAACGAUAUUAAUGGCACUAGCGGCAGUAAUAGCAAUAUAGGUAGUAGCCCGAGUAGUGGUAAGAAUAAAGGAGAGCAAAAGGUACAGAUAUAUGCAGCUAUGAAAUGCUAUAAAUAUCUGUCCGAUAAUUUUAUAAAAAUAGAAUUGCUUAUUCAUUUAUGUUCAUAUAUUAUUGGUUCAUUUGGAUAUUUGAUUAAAGACAAAAUACCCAUGAAGGAUCAGCUAAAAAUUUUAGAAAAAUAUUUCGCUUUCGGCUCUUCCCAUACCAAAUGUGUAAUAUUAAUGGCAAUGAUGAAAAUGGUCUUUUAUGAUAAUACACUUAUGCUCAAUAUUAAAAAAAUACUCAAUAGUUGCAUUAACCAUCCAGAUUUGGAAUUACAAACUAGGGCUUGUGAAUUCUUAAAUUUAUGCAACCUCAACAAUGUUAGCAUGUUUAACUAUUUGCUCAAAAAUAUGCCACUCUAUAACGUGAAAAAAGUGCACGAGAAUUUUCUGAUUAAGCGCCUUCUAGAGAAGAACAAGCACACAGUCAUUGACUUCAACGAGAAAGAGAAUUUUCUCAAAUUUGAAAAGCAGCAUCGCGAUAGAAACAACAGAGCAUGGAAAUACGAGAAAAAUUAUAAGGAUAAUGAGGAAGAUGACAAUGAUAAUGAGAGUGCAAGUGAUGAUUAUUCAAAUAAUAAAUUUUCGUAUGAUUCAUCAGAAGAGAAUUAUAAUAAGAAAAAAGUACGUAAGGGAUCAAAUGCUUCUUCGUAUAACUCUAAAAAAUCAUCCAGUAUCUCUAGUCAUAAUUCUAAAUAUUCGAGCGAAAAUACAGAUGAUAAUGAAAAAUUAUUUAAAAUUUUGUGUUUACAAAAAGCGAAUAAUAUUAAUGAUUUAUGGUUUAAUGCAUGCUUGUUAGAUAAAUCUUUAUUUUUUAAAAAUAACAUCAUAUCAAUUCUGGUAAAGCAAAAAUAUCAAGAAAAUAAAGCUGUACUAAAUUUUUAUAUAAAAAAUAUUUCGAAAGCCGUGGUUAACUUGAGCAGCAUCAAUAUAGAAGACUGUGAACAAAUGAGUAUCAAGGAACAAAAGAGUGCAAACAAUGAAAAAAUAGACAGCCAUAGUGUGUACAUUUAUAAAAUUAUUAUUACCAUAUCAGACAUUUUUUACAAUAUUCCCAGUAUUUACUUCAACAUUAUUACGCCUAUGUCAUCGAACGCGAGCUUUUCUGUGAAACUCCCAAUCCUUAUUACAAGAUUUAUUAGAGAGAAUAAAAUGAAUGAGGCAACUUUUAAAAUUUAUUGGAAGGCACUUACACAAGUUCAUAAUGAAGAUAUUAUUAUGGGUGUGCCAAAAUUUUCCAAAAAAUAUUUCUUAAACUAUUUAAUUAACGCUUUUAAUUUCUACAUUUUGAAGAUUGGAUCAAUGUUGUGCGCAUCGGGAUAUAUACACUUUCCAGUUACGAAUAAUGAAAACAAAAUUUUAAUUUUAGUAAAGAUUCGACACGAAGUAAAAGGGUGUCAGAUAUCAGUUGUGUCCAGUAUCAAACAUUUAAAUAAUUACCUGAACAAAAUAUUUGAGAUAUAUCUUAUAAAAAAUAAAUAA